GAGCCUCUGCCUGCCCCGAUCUGUUCGGUUCAUGUUCCAACCUCCCAUCGAAACCAAGGUCUCCCUCCAACUCUCCCUCAUUCCAACUCGAAACGGCGGGAAUCCAUUUCCCACCGGCUCGCUCGAGCCCCUCCCUCCGCCAAUCGCUGGUUGUCCUCCAACCCUCGUUCCCCUCCCCCAUCGUUGCCCCAUUCGGCAUUAUCGUGUCAUGAGAAGACGUCGUCGUGUUGUUGGAGUUUCGUUGUCUCCUUCUUCUUGUUGUUCUAGAAGAUGCAGGCUCCUUUCUUGAUGGUUCCUUUUGUCUGCUGAAAGAGACAAUGGAGCCCGAAAUCUUGGGCGAAUUGCUACUGGUAGAGCAACAAUUGCAGGAAGUUCAAGAUCAGAUAAAGCUUUUACUUGAUAAACAAGAAAAGCUAUACGAAAGGCAGUCCGAUUUGAAGGUCUUGCUAGAAGAAUGUAAAGCGCAUGGCGGCUCUGACGCAACUGUUUCAGUUUCUAACGAGAACUGGUCUGGGCAGUUUGAGUGGGAUGGGCGAGCUGAAGAUAUUCGUUUCAACAUUUUCGGGAUUUCAGCUUAUCGUGCUAAUCAGAGAGAGAUAAUCAAUGCAGUUAUGAGUCGAAGGGAUGUUCUUGUAAUAAUGGCUGCUGGUGGUGGGAAAAGCCUCUGCUAUCAACUACCUGCUGUGCUUUGUGAUGGUGUCGCACUGGUCGUCAGUCCAUUGCUUUCUCUUAUCCAGGAUCAGGUGAUGGGUUUGACUGCUCUAGGUAUCCCGACAAACAUGCUAACUUCAACUACUUCAAAGGAGGAUGAGAAGCUUAUAUACAAAGCCCUUGAAAAGGGUGAAGGAGAACUGAAGAUACUAUAUGUUACUCCAGAAAAAGUAUCAAAGAGCAAGAGGUUCAUGUCUAAGUUAGAGAAGUGUCAUCAUGCUGGGCGACUUUCGCUUAUCUCUGUUGAUGAGGCUCACUGCUGUAGUCAGUGGGGACAUGAUUUCCGUCCUGACUACAAGAAUCUUGCCAUCUUGAAGACUCAAUUUUCUGAUGUUCCAAUGAUGGCAUUGACUGCGACUGCCACCCAAAAGGUCCAAGCUGAUCUCAUAGAAAUGUUGUGCAUUCCAAACUGUGUAAAGUUUGUAAGUACUGUGAACAGGCCCAAUCUAUUUUACAAGGUAAUGGGGAAGUCAUCUGUUGCAAAGGUGGUCAUUGAUGAUAUUGCAAAUUUUAUUGAUCAAUCAUAUCCAAACAAUGAGUCUGGAAUUAUUUAUUGCUUUUCUCGGAGGGAAAGUGAGCAGGUUUCAAAGGAUUUACGCCAACUGGGUAUCUCUGCUGACUAUUAUCAUGCUGACAUGGACGCACAUGCCCGUGAGCGAGUGCAUAUGCUUUGGUCCAGUAACAAAAUACAAGUUAUUGUUGGCACGGUAGCUUUUGGCAUGGGAAUUAACAAACCAGAUGUCAGGUUUGUCAUACACCAUAGCCUGAGUAAGUCAAUGGAGGCAUACUACCAAGAGAGUGGUCGUGCUGGGCGGGAUGGCCUUCCUGCAGAUUGUUUAUUACUUUACAGGCCUGGUGAUGUUCCUCGACAGAGCUCUAUGGUCUUUUAUGAAAAUUCUGGCUUGCAAAAUCUUUAUGAUAUGGUGAGAUACUGCCAGUCAAAGGAGGCCUGCCGACGAAAUGCGUUCUUCCGUCAUUUUGGAGAGCCUUUGCAAGAUUGCAAUGGGAUGUGUGACAACUGUGCACAUGCUGUUGAAACUAAAGAAAUAGAUGCGACCUCCUGUGUAAAGGUUUUGGUCUCUCUUUUACAAGAGAGGCAUGGGAAUGAUCAAAGGAUUACCAUGUUGCAGCUGGCAGAGAAAUUGAAGCUAAAACUUAGAGAAACAGGACGUUCAACAGAUUGUGUACCAGAAUUGAAGAGGGAAGAGAUAGAGCAGCUAAUUGUGCAGCUUUUGUUAGACCAUGUCUUGAAAGAGGAAUUUCAACACACUGCUUAUACAACAAAUGCUUAUGUUACUAUAGGUCCCUUAUGGAGGCAAGCAUUGCAUGGGGAAAAGGCCGUGAAAUUGGCCAUUUGCACUGUGGACAGGAAUAAUUCAAGCACGACUAGUGUUGCAAAACAGUCCGUUGUAGAUGGCUUAGAAUUGGCCCUUGACAAAUUACGCAGGGACCUUGCUUCCAGCCACGGUGGAAUAUUUCCUCAUGCUGUUUUAUCAAUGCAGCAUAUCAGUACGCUGAGUGCCCACAAGCCCACAUCCUUUAAGCAGGUGGAGAAGAUAAUCGGCAAGACAAAGGCAGAGAAGUAUGGGGAUAAAAUUCUCCAACAAAUUCAAGGUUAUAUUGCAUCUGAUCAGCCAGAUGAAAAUUCAAAUGUAGAACCUGAAGAAAGAAGACAGAAACGUAACAAGCGCUUAAAGACCCAAAGAACUAUUGUUCAUGUUCAAAGCAGUGAUGAUGACAUUUAAGCACCACUUUUACCAUUAGUUCAUAGCAUAACACUUACUCUUGCGCCGUGUCCAUUUUAGUGACUGUCCAGAGUAGUCAACUAACAAAAAUUUGACUCCCAACUUUUGUGAUUCUGCUAAUUGAUAUCAGCUGGCGAAGCUAUUAAUGCUCAAAUUUGAAGCCAUGACAGGUUCCGACGUAGACAAACAUUGUGCUGUUGAAGAUGUGAUCUGCAGCAUUGUCAUCAA